AGAGAGAGAGAGAGAGAGAGUGCCCAAUCAGUGUUUGGGAACCAAUCAGCAUCUCCUUUGGGCUUCCUUCACUCCAGAGCAACCACACAAACAGCAGCAGCAGCAUCUCGUUCUCUGUUGAUUUGGACCACCGCUCGCUCUGAGACAAUGGGUGAAGCGGAGCUUCUCUCCACACCUCACAACAUCCAAAUCAGUGAGGUGACCUGUGACUCGUUCCAUGUUGCCUGGGAGAUGACGUCUGAAGACACGGCUCGUGUAACACAUUACUUCAUAGAUCUGAGCCGGAAAGAAGGAGGAGAGCAGAACCGCUUCAAACAUAGAGAUGUGCCUACCAAGCUGGUGGCCAAAGCAGUACCCCUGCCCAUGGCAGUAAGAGGCCACUGGUUCCUGAGCCCUCGGACCGAGUACUGUGUGGCAGUGCAGACGGCCAUCCGACAGCCGGAUGGAGACUACCAGGUGUCAGAGUGGAGUCAAGUGGUGGAGUUCUGCACUGGGGACUACGCAAUGGACCAUCUCCAGCAGCUUCUAGAUAAAGCUCAGGGAGUUGCUGGGAGGAUGCUUCGGUUCUCAGUGUUCUACCGCAACCAGCAUCCUGAAUAUUUCCAAUAUGUGAGGACACAAUGUGGAGGUGCGAUGCUCCCGUCUCUAAAAGACAACAGCGGCAGCCACGGCUCCCCUAUUAAUGGCAAGCUGUGCGGAGUCUUCCUCAGCUGCAAUACUGAAUUUGACACAGGUCUUCCUCCCAAAGAUUCCCCCUACGGACCCCUGCGCUUCCACAUCUCCGCCGGCCACCUCUUGAACCCCAACACCCACCUCUACUUUGCCGACUUCUAUUGCAUGUACACAGCUUAUCAUUACGUAGUGUUGGUGGUGGCCCCUGUUGGAUCAGAGGGGGAUCGCUUCUGCAGCGGCCGGAUGCCAUUGCUGGACCUCACGGCCAAUCCUUUCCUGAUUUACGUCCCGGGGCCGGAGCCAACGUUCUGUCACGCAAGCGAUGUUAUACUGGAGGUUUUAUACACAGAGCCAUUGGCUCUGGACCAGGGCACUCUGGUGCAGAUCAGUGGCCAUCAUCAGCUCAUGAGUCUCUCCACAGCCAAUGCCAAGAAAGACCCCAGCUGCAAGGUGUGCAACAUCAGCGUGGGACGCUGAGCUGAGGAUGCUGAGUGAAUAAGCUUGGACUCAAUGCUUUGGGAAGAACUGAGAUACAUCUGGAAUUUUGUCAGACUACAGAAGUGUCAGCCUCUGUACUCAUGACAAUUCACAUUCACAGUCUUGGAAGAGAAAGUCAACACCUUCAACAGUGUUAUGUGAUGCAAAGAUGAAAAAAAAAGCGACAAGCAAGCCUCUCAGGUGAAAGACAAAACUGGAGCACUGAGGCAUUCUCUAUAAAAACUAAGAAAUGUGAGUUAAAUUAGGUCUACGUUGUUUUGCUCUAGCAUGGAUAAGAAUAUAAAAUAAGCCAUAAGAUGUACAUACUGCCAAAUAUAUGUAACAUGUAAUAAAACGUGUAAUGUUUGUUGAUGAAAGCUUAUCCUCUCCCUGCCAAGUGCUUUUAGUCAUUGCUGAAAGGUGUAUUGUUCUCCUUCACUGUUUGGGAACCACUGCCACAUAGUUAAAUAAUUAAAAUAUGGAAUUAACACUCAUUUAUUUUUGUAGUGAACACAGUAUGUUCAGUUUCAAGGCCCUUCAAAGUUGUUUCCUGCAUCAACAAUCCAUAUUGGCAUAGCCUCUUGUGUCUUUGAUGACAUCCUGCAGUAUACUCUAUAUCGUUUCUGUCUGAAGGUUUUUAUUUCCAACAUGGAAUUUUUUCAGGAGAAGGAAAAUUAAUAUGUUUUAUUUUGGACCAAUUCUGUUGGACAUGACGUUUUCAUACAGUGUACAUGGCAGCUGGUGUUAUGAAAUGAUGUAAAAAGAAAUAAAAAAUAAGAGAUUUUGAUUGACUAAGUAAGUAUAUACUCAUUCAGUGAUGCAGCGUCUGAGUAUGCCUGGAAUGCGCAUGCAUUUGUGCCCUGUGAUUCGGGGUCCGUGACUCACAUGUUCUUCUUGCUUAAUCAAUGGACACACUCACCUUCAGCAGAGACACCUAUGUUUGCCCAAAGGUGAGUCACUUUUAGUUUUGCACAGUUUUUAUACAAGGCAUAGACAAUUUGUGUUGUAUUUCUCUCUGUUGCUAGUGUGGCUAUGUUAAUGACCUGUGUCCUCCAAUGUUAUGCAGUCAUGUGUAAUGAUGGGAUGAAUAGAAAACAUUGUAUGGAGGAGAUGAUAAAGUUCAUUUGUGAAUGCACCACUGAUUUUGCCAUAAGAUACAAUUUUAUAUA